AUGAAUUUGAUUGGUAAUGCAAUAUUAGCUGUUUGGGAUGUUCCUGAUAGUGCUAAAUGGGUUGGUUUUUGUUUUGGUUAUUGGAGCUGGUCACAAAGUUCAACGUUCUAUCCAUUGAUGAAUGAUAUUUUGAGACAUGAUGCUAAUCAAAGAAGUAUUGAAUGGAUUUUGAGUUAUCUCUUUUGUGCACAAAGUAAUGUCUGGCUUAACAAGAUUAUGUAUCCUACAACUGAAGCACCUAAGUUCACAAAAGGGUUCACUGGUGCUGCAUGUUGGUCAGCUGUUCAAGGUAUCGCUAUGAUGGUGGGUUUAGUAUUUUACAAAAGAGAUGAGAAAAGAGAAGCAUAUGAUAAUGGUAUUGUUGUUUAUAAUAGUGCCAAAGGUGAAACCAAAGAGUCAGCUUUACUUCAAAUUAGAGAAAAAAUUUCAAAAGAAACAAAUGGUGAAGUGGAAGCUAUUGCAGUAUCAAGUGAGAAAAGUAAAUAA